CUUGGACAACGUAAACAUGGAUCGAUACUCAGCGCUGGGACCUGACGCUCUAUUUUAAGGAUACUUUCUCUUUCAUACAACUGUACCUAGUCAAGUCACUAUCCGGCGUGAGAGUGCGGCAUCCCGUGAAGUGGAAUCCGAUUGAUGAAUUCAAGGAGAAACUAACCAACAUGGGGAACUAACACCCAAGGAUGAAAAAUGUUGACCAGUCUGUCAACCACGUAUGCUUGAUAAAAGUGACUGACAACAUUGACUAGUACAGCCUCUAAGUUUUGAAACAAGUCGCUCAGCCUGCCUAUGCUUGGAAAAUUGUGUUUCCUGAAACCACUGAUGCAAGAACCGGACGCCAGUUUAUGAAUCGACAUCACAAAAACUCUAACUAAAAAAUGGGAAAUGCUUUUUCUCGGUAAAAAACUUGAACUUGUUCUGUAUCCACAUGACAAUUGACAAAAAAUAAUACACCUAGAAAUUGUAGAUACCCGUCUAUCAUGAUACCUAUAGCGAUACCCCUGAAGGUACACCUGAAGAUACUACUUCUACAACUAGAUGAACAGGAAGACGAGUUGUUAGCAGAUCGCACUUGCAGUUAUUUACUUAUACGAAUCUUCUAGCGCACGAGAGCCACGACUUGCCGGGAUAGCGAUAUCCCUUAAACAAGGGAUUCCCUUUUCAUACUCCUAUCCGAAGAGCAGAUUGCUGAGAAUUUCCUGCGGGAGGUCACCAGCUUGGAAGGUGCGGUGGCGAUUCAGCAGUAUUUGGAGGAUAAAACGGAGACACUGAACCAGCAUAUUCAAUACAACGUUAUGGUGGUCUUUAGCUUUUUUAUUUAUACACCUUUUACAUAUAGAUACAUCUUGCUCGACGGCAUCGUGGUGCGCUUUUCCCUUGAGUAUUCUAUGGGAAAGGGGUCGAGAUGAUGGGGCCGAGACGGAUAAAAGCUGACUCUAACAACGCCAGAGUACUAGAGCAAACGCUGGGGCUUUUCAGAAUCACGGGCAAAAUCAACACAAAGUGGAUCGAGCAGGGAGGCAUUUCUUUUUCUUCAAAUAAUGGAGGAGGUGUUUCUACAUCUACAGCUAAACAAGGAGAAUUUGCCUACAACUGCUCUGGAGAUGUUGAUAUGUUGGGCAUGGGUUGUAUGAAAGAACAAGCGGCUUCCUCUGCUGCCAAGGGAUCCUGGAGUGAGGGAGAUCAAGAAGACAGUCUCUAUCAAGGUCCGCAGGUUAGAGAGGUCGCUUUGAGUCCAAUUUCUUGCUCAGCGGAUGCGAUACAACAACAAAUAACGCGGGUGCCUGGUGUACACUGCUACAGCACGGAUGCGUAUGGUAAUGCUACUGUCCAAUCUGCACCUCCGCCACCGUACCAGCCGGGUGUUGACCACUGGCCUGGGGCUUUCUACAACCAGCACUCACCAUCGACUUUCGCAUCUCCACUUGGCAGUCAGAGUUUUGAGGAUC